ACAACGCCUCGUGGAAAAAGUCGUGCUGGGGGAGAGUGAGUUCGGCUCUCAGCGGGAAACUGGUCUUUAAGCCAUCACCAUUUGCCAUUAGUUUCGUAAGUCGCCAAGUCGGCAGUGCAGUUGAUCGUCGUCGUGCUCGAAAUUCGGAGCAGUUUGAGUUACAAUUUCGAGAAAUUCGUGAAAAAUGUCACGAGGCAGUGUUGUGAUUGUGCUGGCGGCACUGCUUGCCGUCAUCCAAGCAACCCCGAUGAUCUACAAAAAGAUCGACGGCCAAAAGUAUGAACCAGACUGGGUAGCGGUGUCAUCAACCGUCAUUCCGCUGACCGAGUACCGCGUGAGUGUGGGCGGUGGAUCGUCCAAGUCGUUGACGGCCGGAGUACCGAACGAUGAGUACCGGCGGGCCUACCUGCUGCAUAAGAAGCUGGUCGCGUCGUCCGUCGGCAAGGAUGGUGGCGGCGCGGAAACGGCGGCACGUGUUCAGCAGGAUCCCGACACGUUGAUAACGGCGAACAAGAAGAAGGGGAACUGAAGUGGACGGUGCAGAUUUCAAGCGAUCAAAAGGAGUUAUUUAUGAAUAGAUUACGGGUGUUUGAUUUGAUAACAAUGUUAUUUUGACUUUAAGUCAAAAUUAAUCUAUCAGUUUAA